AGUUGGGGAGGCCUGGGCAACUUGGGGGCGUUCCCUGGUGUUGCAGGGGCGCAGGUGGCUGAGGGGCAAAGCUAGGCUGUGCUUUGGGGAGGGCUAGGGGCCUUUCUGGGACGUUCAUGCCCGUGUCCUGACUUCGUGCAGAGAAGGUUCCCGAGACCCGACCUCAGCCGGAUAAGCCCCAGUGAUCUUCUGUUAACCCUGUGAAGAGUCCUCAGACUUCCAAGGGGUCAUGACAACUGCUGGCUCAUUAAGGACAUUUACACAUGAAUCCAUGUGACAUUUGAUUCUUCAGACCAGGGAGAAUAAAAUGUGUCUGUAAUUCUCAUCUCGUGGCUUUUUCAGCUCAAGGUCGCUCAUUCUGGAUAUGCUGCUGUUUUUUGCGUUGGGAUUGCUUGUACAUUUUGUGUUCUUCAGCUCCAUCUUUGACAUUUAUUUUACAUCUCCUUUGGUUCAUGGGAUGACUCCUCAGUUUACACCAUUGCCUCCCCCAGCAAGAAGAUUAGUGUUAUUUGUUGCCGAUGGCCUGAGAGCAGAUGCUCUUUAUGAAUUAGAUGAAGAUGGUAACUCUAGAGCACCGUUUAUUAGGAACGUCAUAAUGCAUGAAGGCAGCUGGGGAGUAUCUCACACACGCGUGCCAACAGAAUCUCGCCCUGGCCAUGUAGCCCUAAUAGCUGGGUUUUAUGAGGAUGUCAGUGCAGUUGCCAAAGGAUGGAAAGAAAAUCCUGUCGAAUUUGACUCUCUCUUUAAUGAGAGCAGGUACACAUGGAGCUGGGGGAGUCCGGACAUCUUGCCUAUGUUUGCCAAAGGUGCUAGUGGUGACCAUGUUUAUACCUAUAGUUAUGAUGCUCAAAAAGAGGAUUUUGGUGCUCACGAUGCCACAAAACUGGAUACCUGGGUUUUUGAUAAAGUUAAGGACUUCUUUGAUGAUGCGAGGAACAACCAGUCUUUGUUCUCAAAAGUGAAUGAGGAAAAAGUAGUUUUUUUCUUACACUUAUUAGGAAUAGAUACAAAUGGACAUGCUCACCGACCAUCGUCAAGGGAAUAUAAGGGCAAUAUUAAAAAAGUUGAUGAUGGAGUGAAGGAAAUUGUGUCAAUAUUCAAACAUUUUUAUGGUGAUGAUGGGAAAACAGCGUUUAUCUUUACCUCCGACCAUGGAAUGACAGACUGGGGCACAGGAAAGGACUGUUGGAACAAGAGCCCAGUAAUGCAGUUCUUGUUAAAAAUCUUAACAUCAUGUUUUACAUCUAUGUCUUCAGAAUGGAGAUUGGAAAACUGGAAGAGGCGAGACGUUGAUCAGGCUGACAUUGCACCCCUGAUGGCGUCUCUUAUUGGUGUUCCCUUUCCUCUUAACUCGGUGGGGACACUUCCUGUGGAGUAUCUUAACAACACUGGUCUCUUCAAAGCAGAGAGCAUGCUCACCAAUGCAGUGCAGAUUCUAGAACAGUUCAAGGUGAAGAUGACUCAGAAAAAAGAAGUUACUUUGCCAUUUUUGUUUACACCAUUUAAGUUGCUCUCUGAUUCUCAGCAGCUGGAUAUUUUAAGAAAAGCAAGGUCUUAUAUAAAACAAGAAAAAUUUGAUGAAGUAGUCUCCCUCUGCGAGGAGCUGAUUGAUCUCGCAUUGAAAGGAUUGUCCUAUUAUCACACUUACGACAGAUUCUUUCUGGGCAUCAGUGUUGCUGUUGGUUUUGUGGGAUGGAUGUCUUAUGCUUCUUUGUUAAUCCUCAAGUCUCAUUCUAAUCUCACAAGGAGUGCUAGGACGGAAGUUAAGAAGCCACACCGUCUUCUGCCAUGUAGCUUUGUAGCUAUUGGUAUUUUAAUGGCAUGCUUUCUGCUGAUCCAAGCCUGUCCCUGGACUUACUAUGUGUAUUGCUUGCUGCCGGUGCCAAUAUGGUACGCAGUUCUAAGAGAAUAUCAAGUUAUUCAGGACCUGGUUGCCUCCCUGUUGACUUUUCCUCUGAGCCACGUUGUUGCCUGCUCGCUUGUCUUUAUCUUGGGAAUUGAAGUACUGGUGUUCAGUUUCUUCUACCGCUACAUGCUGACAGCCGGACUGAUUGUGUUUGCUGGUUGGCCAUUUCUCACUCAGCUGUGGGCCCGAGCAAAGAUCACCUGCCUGAGUUGGGCUCUCUUCUCCUUGCUUCUGGCAGUGUUCCCACUGAUGCCUGUUGUGGGUAGAAAGCCAGACAUCUCUCUAGUCAUGGGUGCGGGCUUGCUGGUUCUUCUGCUGUCCCUGGCUAUUGUAACAACUCUCACAAAAAGAAAAACUACUUUGGCAAAGGAGGAGCUGUUGGUGCUUCUGUUACAGAUGCUGAGUACAGUGUUCUCUAUGUAUGUUGUAUACAGCACCCACCACAGUCUGCUAAAGAAAGAAGGCCUGCCUCUUAUGAAUCAGAUUGUGAGCUGGGCCACGUUAGCCUCCUCGUUGGUUGUGCCAUUCCUGAGUUCCACGGCUCUCUUUCAGCGACUCUCCAGCAUACUUCUUUCCUUGAUGCCAACCUACUUGCUUCUGAGCACAGGGUAUGAAGCUCUCUUUCCCUUAGCGUUGUCCUGCUUGAUGUUUGUCUGGAUACACAUGGAACAAGAGACCCUACAACAGCCUGGCGUUUCCUGCAAACAGAAGCUUGGCAGCAUUCAGUUCACCUGUAACACUGAUAUAGCUCAACUUCGACUGCUCGAUCUGGAUGACAUCCGCAGGGCCUUUUUCCUUGUUUUCUUUUUAGUGACUGCAUUUUUUGGAACUGGAAAUAUAGCUUCUAUUAAUAGCUUUGACCUUGCCUCUGUGUAUUGCUUUCUGACUGUGUUUAGUCCUUUCAUGAUGGGAGCUCUCAUGAUGUGGAAGAUUUUAAUUCCCUUUGUUCUUGUGAUGUGUGCUUUUGAAGCAGUUCAGAUAACUACCCAGCUGUCAUCAAAGGGCCUUUUCCUCGUUGUUCUUGUCAUAUCAGACAUCAUGGCUUUGCAUUUUUUCUUCUUGGUCAAGGAUUCUGGCAGCUGGCUUGAUAUUGGAACCAGCAUCAGCCACUAUGUGAUUGUCAUGUCCAUGACCAUCUUUCUGGUAUUUCUUAAUGGCCUGGCACAGUUGCUCACAACAAAGAAACUCCAACUGUAUGGCAAAUCCAAAAGGCAUCUCCUGUGAUGUUAGUAAAGCCAUUAGCCAACAUCUGCAUCCCGAUUCUCCUUAAAGAAAGUCCCACCAAGGAGUCAAGAAGAUGGAUAUUGGACCAGAGAGAUGGCUCAGUGGGUAAAAGUACUUGUUCCUCAAGGCUGACAUGAGUUUGAUCCCUGGAAUUCACGGUGGAAGGAGAAAACAGCUCCCAGAAGUUGUCCUUUGGCCUCCAUGUGCAUGCUAUGCCACACACACUGCAUUUAUAAAAGAUGGAUACUAAUGUGUAUCCCCUUUAGAGACUGUUUCAUCUGGAACUCUGGAUUUACAGGUGGUCUGACAUAUUGGAGCUUCCUUUUUCUUUCUGUUAACACAUAGAAUAACAGGUUUCUUUAGGACAUUGCCAAGAAGCUUCUUUUCUCUCUAGCUUUUGCAGGGUUGAAAUAAUGAUUGUAUCUUAGAACAGUGUAAAGCAUCCUUCAUUUUCAUUUUUUUCUUAUUUUAUCUGGCAGCUUUUUUGCAGUAAUGUUUGAGAGCACCUGCCACCCUUUGCUCCUCACAGUGCAACUUCACGGACACCCAAAGGAGCUCAUGCCCCUGUGGGGAUGGUACUGACACUCUCCAAAGUCAUCACAGUGGAGGGACUGAAUGGAAGUCACCUGUUAGAACAGAUGGCUGUCAGCCCCAGCACUGGGCUGCUUUUGUGGGAGCUCUGACUGCCUGAGCAUGUGCUGAGUAAGACAGGUGGGGCUGCUGUCUAGGGCUUUCUGAGCCACAGUGGAAAGCUCUCUGCUCAGCUUUGCCCUUUCUGUGUCCUCAGUAAGUUGGCCUCACUGUGCUUCUUCCAGGACUCUCACAGCCAAGCAGCGAGGUGAAGCUUCCACCCUUAGCUUCUGUCCAUUCCUGGGUCAUCUUGGAAUUUCUGUGGACGCUGUGGCUGUGUUGGUUAUUGUUCCAAUGUCAGUCCCCAAAUCAAAGGCUGUAGUUUCCUGACAGUGUCAUAAAGACUCAAAUUUAAAUUGAUACUCUUUCUUUUAGUCUUGAUAUUUUAAUGAGACCAAAGACCAUCAGCCAUCGCACUAGAUUUAGCUUUCCCUUUGUAUAUUCUAAUGAAUGAGGUAAUUUGUGCGUGCACACACACACACAUGCAUAUACAUGUGAACACAGGUGCCAUCAGAGUCUGUAAGAGGGUGUUGGAUCCUUGAAGCUGUAGUUUCCGGUUGUGAGAUUCCUCAAAUGGGUGCUGGGAACCAAACUCAGGUCCUUUACAGAUACUUUUACCUUCAAUAUUGUUCAUGCUCCUAGGAUAGCUAAGAAUAUGUGAUCAGUGUUUUAAUAGUCACUAUACUUGCUGAAGAUAAGUACUGUCUUUCAAGUUUGAAACAAGAAAAAUAAAAUUCAUUUUCUUUA